AUGACUGGCAAGGGCUAUAACAACAGGAAGGUGGAGGUCGUGCUAAACUCGCCGACGCCAACGCAGGUAGAUGUUGAUCCAAUAUUCUUCUCACAUCUUGAUGCACCAACGGGGCUCUUGAUCGCUCCGGCACCUCCAGCCCAUAGUCAGUCAAAGACAUGGAAAUCCAACGAUACCAAGGACAAGGACCAAUAUGCUCGCUUGUCAACCCUGCUGCAUCAUUUCGUACCUGAAUCCCCUUUCGUCCCUCGUUCCUAUCCGGUUUGGGUUCAGCAUCGAGCCUCGAUGAACGCCAUGGAAAUGGAGAUUAUGAAGAAGAAUAUUGCCAUCAAGCAGGCUAGAAACACAGUUGAUGCAAAGGUCGCAAUCAGACCUGUCCUUGACGGUAAAACGUUCGAUGACAACCGGUCUGCUGUGCUUGCUCAUGAAACAAUCUGGGCUUCAUGGUCUGUGCCAACCGAAAACCAUCCAGAAGCUCUUUGGCCGGACCGUACUGAAUUCCAGUACGAAGGUGAUGAUCGUGCCAAGUCCGAGGUUGGGCGUUUUUUGCCUUUGCCGAGAAAGCCGGGAAACGAGACGGUGAACUGGAAGGCAAGAGAUCAGCUGCAGGGAUAUCGACCUCUGGACCACGUUGGCAUGUUCAAGGAGGAUGGAACACCAGACAUAGAGAUGAGGCAGGGCUGUGACGACUUGUAUCGAGGAAGAGAAUAUGAGGAGAAGGUAGAAAAGCUCUUGGGUAAAGAUUUCAUCGCGGAACUUGAGUAG